UAACAGUAAGAGAUAUAUUUUUUAAACAGUACAAUUUUUUUUUUGAAAAGUUAUUUUUAAAUAAUAUUGUAUUUGAAAUUGUUAAUUUUGUUAUUGCAUAGCAUUAACCAAAUUAUCAAAUGAUCGAAUGUGUUCAUGAAAGAAAGAAUAAUAUGUUUGGCUCUAGUAGUAAACUAGAUGUUGAACUUGCUGGCAACCUGGCACAUAGUGCUAGCGUUAGCAGUGACAUUUCAAACCGUACCAAAAUGGAUAUAGUGUGUGUUAUUGAUGUGGUUCAGACUUGUAAUUUGGCACAUCGCAAAAGAGCUUUAGAAGAAGUUAAACAAGCUUCUAUGAUGGUUAACGCUAAUUUGUUUAUUGUUUCGUUUGAAAAAUUAGACUUUGGAGAAACUGUUGAAUUAGAUACAUUUUACAAUGCAGAUAUAGCCAUAGUUGAUUUGUCAAUACAGUUUCAACAGAGUUCGUUAUUUUAUCAUUUGGGAUUACGUGAAAGUUUUGGAAUGAAACAAAAUAUUAUGUUAUUCAAUGAUCUUGAUUCUGAAGUUACUCUACGACUUAAGUUAUCAUGUGGGUCAUACACAUUUGUAUCAUAUAAAUUAGCUGAAUGUGGUACUUGCCUUACAACAAAUACUUCAUUUGAAGAUAAGAAUGGUACGACUACUUUUGAACCUAGAGUACCAAUUACAGUAAAAUUAAAAAAGCUGUUAAAAGAUGUUGAGAUUCAAACCAAAGUUCAUAUUAAAGAAAAAUUUUUAUCAGAUUUAAGGAAAGCAAGAGAAAGUUAUACUGGUGAAGAGUUACGUAAUAAAUUGUUAAUAAUGAGGAAACGACUAGAUGAUCCACAUGUACUCUCUGGUGAUGUAGUUCUCAAUAUGUUAAUAUCUUUUAGAGAUCUACAGGACUAUGAUGCAAUGGUUCAACUUGUUGAAGAUAUACAAACUAUUCCAAACAAAAAAAAUUAUAUACAAACUCCAGCUUUGCGUUUUUUAUACCCUUUUGCUUUGAAUAGACGAAAUAAACCAGGGGACCGAGAAAAAGCAUUAGAGGUCAUUGAACUAGCAUUAGAAAAAAAAGAAAAUCAUAUACCUGAUAUGGUCUGCUUAUGUGGUCGCAUUUACAAAGACAAAUUUGUAGAAUCGUUGUAUGAAGAUAAAUCUGCUCUUCAACAUGCUAUCCAUUGGUAUCGAAAAGGAUUUGAAGUGCAACCAAAUGAAUAUGCUGGAAUAAAUUUAGCCACAUUGUUAGUAAUUGCUGGGAAUGAAUUUUCCAAGUCUGAAGAACUUCGACACAUUGGUAUGGUUUUAAACAAUUUGAUUGGUAAAAAAGGAAGUUUACCAUCUCUUAAAGAGUACUGGGAUGUAGCUACAUUUUUUGAAAUCAGUGUACUAGCUGGAAACUAUAGUAAAGCAAUCCAAGCUGCUGAAUGUAUGUUUAAAUUAAAACCUCCCAAUUGGUACUUAAAUUCAACUGUGGGAAAUAUUUUAUUAAUUAGCAAAUUUAAAAAAAAAAGUGAAGAAAUUGAAAGUACAGCAGAAGAACAAAUUUUUGGUUUUUGGAUGGAUUAUUUUAUAGAAGCUACUAAAACUGAAAUUGAUGAUAGUAUUCGUUUUCCUAUAUUAAUUUUAGAACCAUCAAAAGUAUUUAUGCCUAGUUACGUUAAUGUGAAUUUAGGUGCUGAAGAAAAAUCUAUUCACGUUUGGAAUUUAUGUGUAUUUUGUAUGAAAAAAAUGUGUAAACAAGCACAUGAUUGGCUGUUUGUUGCUAGUAUGAUCAGAGGUGUUAGUUUAUAUAAAAGAGAUGAACGUUGUUUAUUUUUAUAUGUGCAUGAAAAUUCUGAUGAUUUUCAAAUGUUUUUUCCUUCAUCUCAAUAUCGUCAAAGGUUUUAUGAUCUCAUUAUAAAAUUGACUGAAGGGGAAGAAGGAAUGAUGACUAAUUUAGAAGAAGAUUCAAUAGGAGACCAAGUCAAUUUUGAGUAUGAGUUUGAUGAUUCAAAGAAAAAAAUUAUUCUUGGUAAAGGAACAUAUGGUAUUGUAUAUGCAGCUCGUGAUCUUAACACACAAGUUCGAAUUGCCGUCAAGGAAAUACCAGAAAGAAAUUUAGGAGGGUAUGUUCAACCAUUGCACGAAGAAAUAAAACUUCAUUCGCAAUUAUAUCAUCGAAAUAUUGUACGAUAUUUAGGAUCAAUAUCAGAAGAUGGUUUUUUUAAAAUAUUUAUGGAACAAGUACCAGGAGGAAGCCUUUCUGCCUUGCUACGAUCAAAGUGGGGUCCCUUAAAAGAAAAUGAGUCAACUAUUUCAUAUUAUACUAAACAAAUUCUAGAAGGAUUAAAAUACUUACAUGAUCAAAAAAUUGUACAUCGUGAUAUAAAAGGUGAUAAUGUUCUGGUUAAUACUUACAGUGGUGUAGUAAAAAUAUCUGAUUUUGGGACUUCUAAACGUCUUACUGGAUUGUGUCCCAGUACAGGAACUUUUACGGGCACAUUACAGUAUAUGGCUCCUGAAGUCAUUGAUAAAGGACAAAGAGAAUAUGGUGCUCCAGCCGACAUAUGGUCAUUAGGGUGUACAGUUGUAGAAAUGGCAACUGGUAAGCCACCCUUUAUAGAACUUGGAUCAGCAGAAGCAGCUGUUUUCAAAGUUGGUUAUUAUAAAAUGCAUCCAGAAAUACCAAUUGAACUUAGUGAGCGAGCUAAAACUUUUAUUCGUCGUUGUUUUGUUCCUGAACCAGAUCAACGAGCUACAGCUGCUGAUUUAUUAGAAGAUUCAUUUAUGUCUGAAAAGAAGAAAACUUCCAAGGCUUUAAUUGCUCCUCUUGAAUUUAAUCGUAGCGUUUCUGUGCCAGUUGAGAAAAAUUUAAAAUCUAAUCAAGUGUCUGUUGAUCAAGAAAAUAAUGAAAAUCCUAGCAAACGAGUAUUGAAAGAAGACAGCUGGUUAACUAAAUCCCAACCCGAAAAGAUCAAACAAAACCAGUUCCUUUCUUCUACCAGCUUACCAAAUAUGCAGCACUCUAGCAACAGUUUUGAACGGCAAAAAUACAAUAGACGGCAGUCAUCUGGAACACUAUUAUCUCCCGAGAUCGACAUGGGCACAGCAGGCAGUUCUGCAGAAGCGGAACAUGAUGGAUUUUACAUGCUGAAAAAGGACUCCCAGCGAAGGACCACAUUGGCUAGGGUAUUGGCUAACGACCGUUGCACAUUGUGCAAAGUUUGGUUACAGUUUAUAAGUCGAGAAUUCAGUCAACCCAUGUUGACAAAUGAACACUUGGAGAUGUUGAUGGAAGGUCUUCGGGUUUACAUAGCAGAUCAAAAAAGAUCAGCUGUCGAACGUACCAUCAACAGUCUGAAAGAGAAUUUGAAUUUUGACUCGGACGCUGUACAUCAAUUGCAUUUCUCGUUGUACUUCUUUCAGGACGCUGCCAAAUCUGUACUACGGCUGCAUAACAUAAAGCCUCACUGGAUGUUUGCACUUGACAACUUGGUGCACAGUGCAGUGCAAGCAGCUAUAGCUGUCCUCAAACCUGAAUUCGAAGAUAAUCUUCCGUCCAAGGAAACCAAACCGGACGGUAGUAUAUCCUCCGCCAUAACGGAUGACACGAAAAACAGUUCACCGUCAUUCGGUUCGUCGGUGAAAUCGCAGAAAACGGACGACAGCUACUUGGAGAGUGAGAGCCCUCCUUCAAAGGGUAGACACGAGUUAUACAAGCGCACGCUAAUGCUUCAGGCCGAAAACCACAAAUUACUAAGAGAAGUUUUGGAAUGUCAAAAAUCGUAUAAUAGUUUGCUGAAAAAAACACUCGAAGAUCAAAAAGACCAAGUGGCUCUUUUUAAAUCGGCAAUUGAACACAAUAUCGCAAUCUGUAUCAAUUGCUGCAAAGGCUGUCGCAAUUACAUCGAUUUCGAUUGCGAAAACGGUUCAGAAAACAACGACUGCGAUAAAGAUCUAAUCGAAUGGCUUCGCAAUGUUGGCAUAGACGAACAUUCAAUAAAAAAAAUCGUCUACGAACAGUUUUUGUUGGAUCAAAUACGACUAGAUAUUACAAGAGAAGAUUUAAGAAGUCUCGGUUUAAAACGAGGUGUGGAGUUAAGACUGUGGAAAGAAAUUGAACGCUAUAGGAUAAUGUCUGAAGAAACAAUGCCGGUGGCAAACAAUAAUAAUUAUCCCCCUGAAGAUCUGUUGCUCAAUCGGACGAGCAGUCAUAAUAUUAUUAACAAUAACUAUGUAUAGAAAUUAAUAAUUAUAUGUGUAUAAUAAACUUACCGCAUAGGUACUGUAGUUACCACCGUUUAUUUACGUGAAUUUUUUUUAUGUAUGUAUAAUUUAUAUACUAUUUGCUAAGUGCCAUGAUUAUGAA